AGGCACUCAGGCCAGAUGAAGAUAUUGUGUCAGUUGUUCCCAGAGCUGACAUUAGCGGAAAAUGUGUCGUCGCCAACACCAACAUUAAGGCCGGCACCCACCUUUUUACCUUAUAUGGAGACAAGAUGAGGCAGCCGACGCCCUACACCAUCCAGGUGGCCAGCCACUCCCACAUCCAUCCUGAGGGGAAACUCAUUUUUGUCAAUCAUUCCUGCAGCCCCAACACCCAGUUCCAGUACAGCCCGUCCUGGGACCUGUAUGCAGUCAAGGACAUCCUUCCAGGGGAGGAGUUAACUUUUGACUACACCACGACAGAGUGGCAAAUGGCCCAGCCCUUCCAGUGUAACUGCUGCAAUACCAAGUGUAUACACAAGGUCCAAGGGUUUUACUUCCUGAAUCCUGAACAGAAAGCAGAGAGAGAAGCAGUCAUCUCACCUGUCAUCAGAGAACAACUGGAGGAACAACAAACAAGCACAGAAUGACACAGUGUCAUGAUCAAGUCAAAAUAAUGGACACUAUAGAUGUAGGGUUCUUACCAGGGCAUAGCAUGGGGGCCCCUAUGCUGUGAUUUCGUAUCCCCAGUACUCUGUGAUUGGGCCUAAUUAUGUUUCAACCAGCAUAGUGAGCUUACCUGUUGUCUAAAGGUAAAAAUUGAUAGCUUUUUCUUCCUCAAAAUGCAGGAAAUAGACCAUUCUGAGGGUUGUAAAUAUCAAAUUAAAAAUUUCAGGGGGGGAUGCUCCCCUACAAUGCUCAUCCCUGUGUCUCACGCCAUCUAGCUUGGUCGUGCUAAUUAAGAUGUUCCCUUUCCUGUAAAAAAAUCCUGGUUAGAACCUUGCACUAAAAGGCACUAUCAGGGCUCGAAGUACUGGUGAACAUGCACUCUGGUGGCUUUUAAGCUCAGAGAGUAUGCCACACUUUUCUCUGUAUCCCAAUGUUUCAUCCGUGAAUGCAAAGAUCAAAUCCAUUCUCAGCCUGACAUCAAAAAUGUUAAUGAAUUUAGAGUUUCUAUAGCUCUGACGACCAGUUUUUGCACUGCCAUUGGUAAACAUUUUGUAGCUGUCAAUUUACUAAGAUUUUCUUUAAAGGUUCUUUGAAAUCAUACAUGUAUCUCCAAGUCACAUUCCAUCUAUAUUAAUAUGUCUUUAUUAAGAGAUGUAUAUUAAGGGUGGUUCUAAGAUUUUUAGUGACUUCAUGUGGUCUAAGAUACUAAACCACCUCAUAUACCUUAGAUCCUGUGGGCAAAGAUAGAAUGAUAUGCUAUGUUUUUGCUCUCAAUUUACUGUUUGAUUACAUAUCAUGAUAAACUGUAUCUGUUAAGGUCCUUAUAGACUUGUUUCAAAGUACAAUAAUUAUUCUAUUGUAUUGUAUUUUAUCUUACCUUUAUUUUGUUUUAUCUAUUUUGCUGGCAACAACGAGAGGCAACUACAAGCCUCCAACAAUAACAUAUUUACAUGGUAUAUGCUGCUUUUGUUUGACAUUAUAUUUAGAUAUUUAUUAUAUCAUUUCAACAUGACAUCACUCAGCCAGAGAGCUGAAAUCCUCUGCAAAGGUUGCACAGUUUCUGUAAUGCAAGUCCACUGUUAUCCACGAGAUAACCUUUAUCCAUUGAUUUUAAAACCAGUAUUUUAGGAAAAUUAAGUCAAUAGACAGUGGUUUCCAAUUGCAUCAAAAUAUUGCACCGUCAAUCAACUUCCCUAAAUACCCGGUUUAAAGAAACAACGGAUAUAGGAUUACCCCACAGAUAAAGGUGUUCUAGCGUGUGCCAACGAUAGUUCCAUUCUUUACCAUUUUGGUGAAAUUUAAGUGUGAUGAGUCAGGAAGUUAAAGUGACUUGGCAGAGGUAAAUAACAAACAAAACUCAGGAGUUUGAAUUUUUUGCCUUCAACUCUCAGGAUAAGUUUUUCUUUUCCAGGUUGCUUUUAUUUUCCUGACUGAUUCUUUAACUGGUAUAGUAUUUCCAGUACAUGUACAUACAUACAUAUGUGUAUGUAAUUUUGAUGUAUUUAGCAUUUGUUGAAAAUAUAUAACAUUUGUAAUGUGCUGAGCUGUCAUUGAAACAAUGAUAACGAUACCAAAAAUUGUGCUUCCAUCGGCAUAAAUGAUCAGUGCCUCUAAACAACAAUGCUAUCCCUUAUAUAUACUAGUAUAUGAUGUGAAGCUUUCCACUAUGUGAUAUAUGAAGAAGUUUGUGACAUUAUCUUGCAAACGUUUUGUACCAGGUGAUUUCCGAUUCUAGUUUUUUUCUUUUCUUUGCAAUGUGAGAAAUGACAUCAAAAUAUGAUAGACACUUAUAGAUAAGUAAUGUUAGGUAUGAACACCUUUGAGAAUUGCAAACAAUCAUGUUUUGUUCAUUGAAAAUUUACUGUAAUGUUAGUUUUUAGUCAUAACUGCUGUGGCCUGUUUUUGUAGAAGUUGCAGUGAUUUUUUGCAAUUAACUUGACAUUGAAAA